AUACUUUGCUGGCAUCGCCACUCACACGGAAACGACUCGACUAAUUUUAGUUUUUAAUGCAAUACGAAUAGUCCACAAAUUUCGCGUUUAGAUUAUAUAUAUUACUCGCUUUACUCCGGAAAAUCCGUCGAUUAAUGUAAUGCGUGUGUGUGUGAGCAUGUAUUUGCGAAAAAAGCUGAUGCGAAGGCCUUGAAAAUUGUUACGAAAAUUUGACUGACGUGCGGAGAGUGCUGAGGUUUCGUGGGUAAAAGACGAAGAAGAAGAAGAGAAGCCUCGCCAGCGCAAUAUUAGAAGUGGUGGUCAGGGAGCAGAGCAACGGCAGCAGGCAGCGCCAGCACACCCCGCAUUUAAGUUACACACACACGAUACGAGUGUGUUAUUUUUUUCGUUUUUGGAUUCCGCUGGAAAAUUGCACCUGGUGUGUGAGUGGAGCAACUGCAGCAUGAUCCAUUAUAGACAAGCACUCAAAACACACACAAAACUGUCUGCUGCUGUGUAACUAGGGCGCCCCGCUAAGUGAAAAGCUCUCGGUAGCGUCGUGGCGUCGAAGCGGAAUCAUCUGCUGCUUUUCCUGCACGACACACAACACAAAAAACAGUUUGACAUAAAACUCAAACAUCAUGAUGAUUCAAGAACCCGUGCAGGCCGCCAUAUGGCAUUGCCUCAAUCACUACGAUCAUAAAGAUGCUGUUUUUCUAGCUGAGCGACUUUGCUCCGAAGUGGAAAGCGACGAGACGAUAUUUUUAUUGGCCACCAGCUAUUACCGUUCAAAUCAAUUGCAUCAGGCCCAUUGGCUGUUGGACGAGAAGGCGCGUCGAUCGCCACAAUGCCGCUAUCUGCAGGCCAAAUGCGCCUAUGAACUGAAGAAAUAUGCGAAAGCCGAGAGCGCAUUGAUUGCGAAUGGUUUCGCGGACAGUAAACACUUUGAUGAAGUGCAACGUGACUUUGGUGAACUCGCCUGCUUCGCAUACCAAUUGAUGGCCCAAGUCUGCAUGCGUACCGAACGCCAAAAGUUGGCUGUGACGGCGUUGCAACGUGCCCUCAAACUGAAUCCAUUCAUGUGGCAUGCGUUUGCCGAUCUGUGCCUGCUGGGACAGGAUACGGAUGCAACGGCAAUAUUCCAAAUACAAAGCACUGAUGUGUUCAACACUUGCCAGGCGAGCAGCGCCAAUGUCAAUUCGAUGGUGCUCUUCAAUGGCAAUGGCUCGGCCAACGAGCAGCAGCAGCAGCAUCUGGAGCAGCUACUGCUUAACAAUUUAAGCAAUAAUUCAAAUUAUAUAUUCAAUACGCCUGUGGAUCAGCAACAGCAGCAGCUGCUACAGCAGAACAACAACACCAGCAUGGCAACGUUACAGAAUCUAAUGACGCCCAACAACAACAUCAACAAUAACAUCAAUAACAACAACAAUCUCAACAGUUCGAUUACCAUGCUGCGUGGCGGCGUCCAACAACAGCUGAAUACGAAUAGCAAUUCGAGCAUGAUGCUCCUCGAGGACACACCCAUGGCCACGCACGAUGGACCCACACAGCAACAGCAAUUGUAUGAUACAACUAAUGGGACACCGUUUCGCAGACAAUUUAAAUACUUGUCCACCAUAUCGCCGUUGACGCCCAGCUUCGGUAUCAUGCCAUUGGCCAGUCCCAGUGAUGGGAGCAACUCAAUGGUCGCCUUACAGUCCAAUUUAAGCAUGUCCACGACAUACUCACCGCUGCCACAAAUGCAAAUGCUGGUCGAGGUCAAUCAGGAGCCAAAAAUCAUUGGUAAAAAGUUGAAGACUCAUGUGGGCGGUAUAAUCAAUCGCCAGGAGAAGAGCAAACCCGUUUUUACACAGGGCGGCAACAUAACGCCCCGCACUUCAAACAAUAUUGUUGGAAACACACCCAACAAUCCCAAUCCCAAUGCGGCAGUGCGUCGCAGUUCACGUUUAUUCAGCAAUUCAGCGUAUUCGGUGAAGGAGAACAACAAAUCGCCAAAUAUCACCAACAACAAUAAAUUUGUGCAGCCGCGUUCACCUCCACGCAAAACUAAAUCAUCGCGUAUGCCGAAAAUCUGUUUAAGCAACGAGCUCAUCGAGGAAAAGACACAUCAUCAUCUGGCGGAGAAACUCAGUGAGAAACAGUCGCGCAAGGAGAAGGAGAAGGUGGAAACAAUCACAUCGGCAGCCACAGCUGGCAACAAUAAUCAGCACACCACAAUCGCAAACAAUAAUCGAAGCAGCUCGGAGGAUGCCAAAGUGCUGCUUAACAAUAGCCUCAACAAUGCUCAGACUUUGGCACACCAGCUGCUUAGCAUGAAGAAGCAAUCGGCCGAUGGCCUAAUGCUGCUUCUACGUGAUCUGGCCGAAGGCUAUAAGCUAUUGUCGGCAUUCCAUUGCAAGGCGGCAAUUAAGCAGAUGGAGUCGACGAUACCAAAGCAUCAUUUAAACUCCAGCUAUGUGCAAUCAUUGAUCGGCAUGUGCCGGUAUGAGUUGCGUGAAUACGAGGCCGCUGUGGGCAUCUUUAAAGAGAUUCAUGAGACGGAACCGUCUCGCCUCGACUACAUGGAGAUCUAUUCAACAUCGCUGUGGCACUUGCAAAAGGAAGUUGCGCUCUCAGCACUGGCCCAAGACCUCAUCAGUCAGGAUAAACGCAGUCCAGUGACGUGGUGUGUGGCCGGCAAUUGUUUCUCGUUGCACAAGGAGCACGAAACGGCCAUUAAGUUCUUCAAGCGUGCCGUUCAAGUGGAUGCAGACUUUGUCUACAGUUACACGCUGCUUGGCCAUGAGCUUGUGCUGACCGAGGAGUUUGACAAAGCUAUGGAUUACUUCCGAUCGGCGGUGGUGCGAGAUCCACGGCACUAUAAUGCCUGGUUUGGCAUUGGCACCAUCUACUCCAAGCAGGAAAAAUACGAGCUGGCUGAACAACACUAUGUGAAGGCGUUAAAGAUCAAUCCAUGGAAUUCUGUCAUCUUGGUGCACAUCGGGGCCAUGCAGUUCUUUAUGCAGAAAAAGGAUUUGGCAUUGCAAACACUUAACACUGCAGCUACGUUAGAUCCAAAAAAUCCGCUAGCGCGUUUCCAUCGCGGCUCCAUCUAUUUCUCGCUGGGCAAAUAUCAGGAGGCGUUGCGAGAACUCGAGGAACUUAAGGAGAUUGUGCCAAAGGAGUCGGUGGUGUUUUAUCUAAUCGGAAAGAUUCACAAGACGCUGGGCAACAUGGAUCUGGCAUUAAUGCACUUCAGCUGGGCCACCGAUCUGGACCCCAAGGGCGCGAAUAAUCAAAUCAAAGAUGCCUUCGACUCAAUGGCGCAUCCCAAUUGUUGUCCAGCCACCGACAAUGCACUGGAUGUGGACUUUGAACCAACCUCGGAUCGUUCCGAUGACUCAACGCAGGCGCAGCAAGAUGUUAGCUACGACAGCGACUUCUAAACAAUAGUGAAGCAAAAAGGUCUCCCCAAGUCUGAGCGCUUGUAUAUAAUUACAUAAUUAAUACAUAUAUAUUGAAUGAGAGAAAACAAAACAAAAUGAUAAAAGAAAAAAAAAACCAAUUAUGAAUUA